UUUCAUUCCAUCCCAACCAGCCAGCGGAGUCGGUACUGCUUCUCCGAAGCCUGCAGCACGCACACCCUUCGCAUUCGCAUUUUUCGUCGUCGUCGUCGUCGUCGUCAUCGUCGGUCAGGAUACGCGCGCGCUUUUGGAAGGCGAUUUUUGGAAAGGUGCGAAUUCUGCAACCGUCGCUUUAAAGCAGAGAAUAGGCAGUGUACGUGCGUGUGUGCGUGUGUGUACGUGUGUUUAAUGGACAGAGUGCGGGCUAAACACAGUGACUGUUUUAUGUUUGGAAGUGGUGGGAAAAUAAGUCGUUUAUCUUGUUGCUAAAAAGAAAAUAAAAAAGGCCAGCGCGUGUGUGUGUGUGUGAGCUCUCGUGGAAGAUAAGCCAGCGGAACGCUCUGUAGACGGGAGGCGACCGGGUAUCAGUGUGCAGUGCAGUGGUGUGUUCCUACAUCUCCCCUCCUCAUCUCCUUUCCGCCAAACGCGAGGAGUACGGAUACGACCGCAAAUCGGCAACCGCUGCCACCGGGCUGGACCACAAGCAACAAACUACUCUACUAUCAACAAAACCAACCGCAGCAGUGCCGCUUUUGUGAUAACAGUGCCCGUCCAGUGAAAGAGGCUGCUUGGCUCGCGGGUGUUUUAAUGCCUUUCUGCGUGUGAAACGAGUGCUUCCCCCGUAGCACAUCGCGAUAAGCGGCGCUGCCACUGCUUGAUGCUGGGAGCGAACUGAGUGCAGAGAGUUUUCUGUGUGUCGGACGGACAAUCGUAAUUCGGCGCGCAAUCAAAUCGCAAUCGCAAAACACCUGCUGCUGCUGCUGCCACGAUGAUGAACGAUCCGGCCGCCCUCGGGAUGAUCCCGUUCGAUACGAUCGGGCUGUACGAGCAGCCCAAGCCGCGGUUCAUCUUCAAGAUGCCGCGCGUCGUGCCGGACCAAAAGUCCAAGUUCGAGAGCGACGACCUGUUCAAGAAGCUGAGCCGCGACAGCGAGGUCCGGUACACAGGGUUCCGCGAUCGCCCGAUCGAGGAGCGGCGGGGCCGCUUCCGGGCCGGGUGCUGCGAGGGCCACACGGAGGUGUCGUUCGCCGCCACCGGCAUCAACCUGCAGCUCGUCUUCAACCCGAACCACGGCCUCUACCACCACCCGCACCAUCACCACCAUCACCAUCCCGCCCAUCUCGGGCUGGAGAAGGAGUGUGACUUCGACAAGGAGCACGGCAAGGUUCACAUUAAAUCGCACUUCAUCAUGAACGGUGUGUGCGUGCGCUUCCGGGGCUGGCUCGAUAUGGAGCGGCUGGACGGCAUCGGCUGCCUGGAGAUGGACGAGAAGCGGGCCGCCCAGGAGGACGCGAUCCUGCGGGAGCAGCUCGAGCGGUACAACCAGCGGCUGCGGGACUUCGAGGACAAGCAGCGCACCUACCAGCGCACCACGCAGGACGAGUUCGAGCAGAUGCGCCGGAACGGGUCCGGCAUGGGGGUGGGCGUGACGGCCGGCUCGUCCGGCAUGUGGCGGCGAUAAAGUGCCAACCCGAAGGUGGAGGAGGAGGAGAAGUAAGAAGAAGAAGAAAACACGGUGGUUCCCAAUUCCCUCCCCCCAUACCCUUCCCCAACUAAACGCUGCCAAUGAGACGUGUGUGCAUGUGCGUGUGUGUCUCUCUCUCUAUCUCUCUCUACGUGGAGUUGGGGUGAGUUAAGAGAAGAAGAAAAAAAAAGAAGAAACAAAAACAAGCCGCUUAUCUUGCUGGAGAGCACAGAGCAAGCACGAGCCACGGCAUGGGGCAGGGUUACUCGCCGUUGUGGUGUGUUUUGUUCUUUCUUUUCGUUUUCUUCUGUUCUUUAAAUUGCCUCGUCUGGAAGUGUUUGUAUAUUGUACAUUUGUGAAUCAAUCUGUGUUAUGGAUUAUUAGUUAUGUGUCCUUCCCGCCCCUUCCGCUUCCGUCCUACCGUUUGCCCCCUUCCCGAAACACGCACACUCCUUUCCUUAGUACACCGGGCCGUGUACAGUGUCAAAUGGAGAAUCGCAGCCUGCGGAAACAGAGAGAGAAAAAAAGAGAGAGAGAGAGAACAUGUGCUUGCUUCUGUGUAUGUGUGUGUGUAUAUUGUAUUUUGUUUUUAGUUUUCACCAGCAAGAAACAAAAAAAAACAAACAGUAAUGCCUCCAAAAAGAAGACCAAAAAUGUCCGAGAUGGAAAGGGGAGGGGGGCGCAAUACACUAGAUUUAAGCUAGGGGAAGAGAGAUAGAAGAUGAGUGCGUUUGCCAUAAAAGUGUUUUUUUUUGUUUUGUUGUUUUUAGUGAAUGAAUGGUGAUCGUUUUAAUGUGAAUAGCUCCCGCGGCAACAAAAUACGACAAUUGCACACACACACACACACAUACGCAUUCUCUCACAGGUAUGCUGUUUUAUGCACACUAUUUUUUAGCUCCCCCUCCCCUCCCCUUCCUCCCCACUACUUCCCUUGCUAUCUUUAUCCCGCUGCUCCCCACGUGUGCGCGAGAAUGCCAAAACAAGUGAAAGUAGUGAAAUAGUUUAAAUGAAACGUGUUUUGCAGAUGAACGUUUAAAGCGCGGUAGCGCGAGCAAGAGAAAAAAAAAGGAAGAAAGGAAGAAAAACCGGAUAGAAAAAGCCAACCCUCGUCCUGUCCGGGCGGAACGGCAAGCUGUACAUAGUAACUAUUAAGCGGGGCGGUAAAAAAUCCAAUUGACGUAAAACGAACAAAGCUACGAGCGAGACAGAGAGAGAGAGAGAGAGAGAGAGAGAGAGGAGAAAGGGAGGAAAACUCGGAAAAAAGAUGUUUUAAAAUACAGGGCUAAGCCAGGAAGGGGGAGUUUGGCAAGCCGGGAAGGUAAGCUGCGAAACAAGCUAAAAUUAUAAUAAAAACAAAAACACACACCCACACCCCCCCCCCCCUUCGGG